GUCCUUUAGCUGGCGUGUGAAGCGUUUCGUGAGAGAAGAGUUCCUUUCAUGGGCAACUCUCGGCGCGACAGGCAGCGAGCGCUGGACGAGCCCCAUGGGGACGCUGCUGGCCGCCUGUGCCUGUGACAUGCCGGCGGGAGGCGAGAGGUCCUCGGCUCUGCUCCUGGACUGUCAGCUCCUGUGGUGAGGAUGUCUGUGCAGAGCGCCCUGUCUGCGGGAUCCGCCGAAAGCCAGAUGGAAGCGGAGCAGCUGGGAUGCCAGAGGGACAAGCUGCCCCCCAUCCUGUGUGCAGCCAGCGCAGCCUGCUCCGGGGUCAUCAAAGAAGAAGAAGAAAGAAGACAAGCCGGACUGCGCGAACAAGUGGAUGAGGGGAUGGAGAGAGCAGCGAAGGGUCAGUUCUCAACGUUCAGCAGUUUCAUUUCAACCAUCAACCAAAAGAAAGAAGCCGCUGGGAACAGAUGCUCACCUACGCAGCUUGUUAUACCCAACAGCAAAAAUGUGAGGGACCUUCCGCCAAUAUGCCUUGAUGUUCGACAAAAGCAGCGAAUCUCCAUUGAUACGCUACCUGCAGAGAUGAAAGCCCCUAUCCUACCCGAACCUCCCAUUCCAGUACGGACCAAAACCCUAAAGGAUUUUCAGAUAGACUUGGACAAAGCGAAAGCCACGGGGGAAUGGAAAGUUGUGCACGAUUUCUAUUUAACCACAUUUGAUUCCUUCCUGGAGCUGAAUGCUGCAUUCAAGAGAGAUGUGAGUGCCUCGCUGAACACUAUUGAAGAUUCCAGAAUCAAUACAAAGUUUUUGAACGCGGUCUAUGAUGCCUUAUUAACUACUACUCAAGAUAUCCAGAAAACAGUACUGAAAGGAAUAAUUAACAGUCUCUUAAGGGAAUGGAAAGGACCAAGAAAUAAAGAUGACCUCCGAGCCUACUUUAUUCUGACACAGAAUCCACAGUUCAGCAGCGCCUCCACUUAUGUCAUCUACGCUCAUCUACUGAGGCAAAUCGCCACCUUGUCCGAUGCCGACCACAAUUUAUUAAUUCACUGGUUCAGAAAGAUGUCACAGAAGAGAUUCAAACAGCUGGUUGACCGACUGCUGCAGUUUAUCUCCUUGCGCCUCUUUCCUGCAAAACCUGAAGAGUUUCCACCUCUUGCAAAAUGUACAUGGUGGAUUCCAUCGGCAACCAAAGUGUUAGCGAUACUAAAUGCAGCGAAUAUGCUUUGUAACCCACCGUUAACCCCUUACUCUGAUUUCUAUAACUCCACGUUGGAUCAUAUUGAUCUCAUGGAAGACUAUCAAACCUGGCUAUUCUACGGGAACACGCACAGAUUUUCAUUUUGUCAGUUUCCAUUCGUCAUAUCCAUUGCAGCAAAAAAAGUCAUCAUUCAGAGGGACUCGGAGCAACAGAUGAUCAGCAUUGCACGGCAAAGUCUCGUCGAUAAAGUUUCUCGGAGGCAAAAACCUGAUAUGAACAUGCUGUUUCUUAAUAUCAAGGUCAGAAGAUUGCAGCUGGUCAGCGAUUCACUGGACGAGCUUACAAGAAAACGAGCUGAUCUGAAGAAAAAGUUGAAGGUUACCUUUGUAGGUGAAGCCGGCCUUGACUUGGGUGGCCUGACAAAAGAGUGGUUUCUUUUGCUAAUCAGACAGAUUUUCCAUCCCGACUAUGGUAUGUUCACGUAUCACAAGGACUCCAACUUCCACUGGUUCAGCAGUUUUAAGUGUGACAACUAUUCCGAAUUUCGUCUAGUUGGAACUUUGAUGGGGCUGGCUGUCUAUAACAGCAUCACUCUAGAUAUCCGCUUUCCACCUUGCUGCUACAAGAAGCUGUUGAGUCCUCCCAUAGUACCUUCUGACCAGAACAUACCUGUAGGCAUUGCAUCUGUCACACUAGAUGACCUGUAUCAGAUAAUGCCAGAACUUGCUCAUGGAUUAAAUGAACUACUAACAUAUGAAGGCAACGUGGAGGAAGAUUUCUAUUCUACAUUCCAGGUUUUUCAAGAAGAAUUUGGUGUAAUUAAAUCAUACAAUCUUAAACCUGGUGGUGAUAAAAUCCCAGUCACCAAUCAGAACAGGAAAGAAUAUGUCCAACUUUACGUAGAUUUCCUACUUAAUAAAUCCAUUUACAAGCAGUUCUCAGCAUUCUACUAUGGGUUUCACAGCGUCUGUUCUUCUAAUGCAUUGAUGUUACUACGCCCAGAAGAAGUAGAGAUUCUUGUGUGUGGGAGUCCUGAAUUGGACAUGCAUGCACUCCAGAAAAACACGCAUUAUGACGGCUACCAGAAAACAGAUCUUACUAUUAGGUAUUUUUGGGAUGUUGUACUUGGGUUCCCUCUUGACCUUCAAAAGAAGUUUCUACAUUUUGCUACAGGAAGUGAUAGAGUGCCAGUGGGAGGCAUGGUGGACUUGAACUUCAAGAUAUCAAAAAAUGAAACUUCAACUAAUUGGUUGCCAACAGCACACACCUGCUUUAACCAGCUGUGUUUACCUCCCUACAAAACGAAGAAGGAGCUAAAACAAAAGCUGGCCAUUGCUAUUUCCAACUCUGAAGGUUUUGGUCUCCAAUGAACACUGAAGACUUUGUGAUUUCUGCAUCCAUUGAGUACUGGUUGUGGUAGGGAAGAAGCAGUGCUGACUACCCCGCCAUUGUACUACACACAGCUGAUGCCAGUGUCAGACUGUACGGGAACCUUUCCUUUAAGAGAAAGAGAGAGCACUCCACUGAGAAUGAUGUGGGAAAGUUUCACGAGUUUGUCUUGUAAAAAAAACAAAUUUUUACUUAGUAAUAAAACUUCAUGCAGGUCAGCAAAUCUUGAAGAAGCCGCUUUAUAAUCCUGCCAUGCAUUUAUACUGCUUUAUUAAUGUAGAAUAUGUUUAUAAUGAGUUGUAAAAGAGAUGUGUAGAUAAGAAUUUUUACAAUUUUCUACUUUGUGGCAUUGCAGGGAAUGGACGAGAACAGCAAGCAUUUGUCAGCAUUAUGUUCUAUUAUGUGUAUUUAUGAAUUUACAGUGUGUUGUCUCACAGUUACAUGUCAUAUGUAUUUCAUAGAUCAUGAAAAUGAAGCAUGUUUGCCUUUUACAUGUUUUUAAACUCUCCACGGAAUAGUUAUGACAUUUACCUACUUAGUAUGGCACCGCCUAGUUUCCAAUGUGUAUAACGAUGUGCACCGCCAUCUACUGUAUUUCUACAUGGCAGAGUCACAAUAUUAUGAAUAUCCAGAGUAAAUGCCGUGAACAGGCUGGGAGUGGCAUUAUUAACUGUUCAUUUACAUCUGUAACGACUUUCAUUUUCUUUAUAUGUAUUGUGUAAAGGGAAAAUAAGCUUCAUUUUCUAUGACCUAUAAAAUGAAUACAGCAUGUAGUAGUGGGAUGACCCUUUCACGUUUAUUUACCAGUGAGAGACUACCGGUGAUUUUAUCACUUAAAUAGGAAAAAUGCUUUGCUUUUUCUAUAAAGGGUAUUGGUUUCUGCCUUUUUAACAUUGAACAUGAAGCGUUUUACAUAUGUAUGAACUUUGUUACUUUUGUUGAAUGCCAAAAUGGCAGGGAGUUUUGGUGAGCGUAUCAUUUGUAACUUUCUACCAAUGCCGGAUACCGUAUGUAUGUUCUAAAAGUGGAGGGGUGUCAGGGACACCGUUUAUAUGUAUAUAAUAGGAUUUUUUUUUUUUGGGUGGCUUAUAUACCAUUGUUGCAUUGUAAAAUGUCCCCGACAACUCCUCUAACAAGUUGCUGAGAAUGCCACUGACAGUUUAACCUAGAACGGCACUAGAAUUGCGGUAUGCCACAAGUGCUUUAUAAAAAAAGAGAAGCUGCAGGCUUUUCGUUCUAGGACCAGGGGCGGACUGGGAAAAUAAACUGAAAGUGGCCCCAUGUUGUAGGUGAGUCCAAAUUGUGAGGUGUGGUAAGCAAUACCAUAUUGCGGCACAAAAUACCACCCCAGAAGAACCAAAUACCACAGUGUGUCACAAAAUAAUGUCCUGUCAACACAAAAAAAAACCUCCCCAAAAGCUGCCCCUCUGUAGUGGCCCUCGCCAGCUGCCACAUCCUGCCCCCCUACUCCAGUUGUCUUAAGAUGGCAAUAUAAUUGAAAUCUGGAGUCAUGAGGGGAGCGUCAGAUAUUUAUUUAACUGGCUGGUAGACCUGAGGAUGGCUCAGAAGGCCCCCUGGCCAUUAGCCCACCAGGAAGUUUCCCAAUAAGGACUAUGGUCAGUUCGUCCAUGUCUAGGACUCCCUCUCGCAGUCCCAUGUAAGCGCUUACAUUAUUAUCUGUUUACUUAUAUCUGUAACGACUUCCAUGUAGGUAAAGUGGUUGUCUGGGACUUACUUUUGUUUUUUGUUUUUUUGCGUUACCUGACGUACAAGGGCAUCUUCUGCCAUAGGAAACACUUUUUGUUUCAUUUUGAUAUGGGUCAGGAGGUUAUGACGAUUGGCAAGCGGCACCAUCAAGGGAAAUUCAUGUGCCGUACAAUUGGACUGCAAUCUUCCAUUGAAGGGAGACACCAUGUACAUCAAGUGCUGUGUCAAACAGCGCAUGCGCAAGAUUUUCUGGCUGCGUUUGUGCGGUCGAGUCCAGAGGAUCUUGUAUAUCAUGUAGGUCACGUCAAAUUCUUACUUCCAGUGGAUGUCCCUUUUUCAUGUACAUGGUCUGCAAGUCAUGUCCCAAUGUCCAAACUGUACCUGGGCAAUUUUCUGUACUUGCCCAAGAGGGCAGAUACUGUUGGAAAACAAGGGGUGUAUUGGGUGGAUCCAAAGCAAGGAGUUUGAGCACAUGCUAAGAAUUUGGGGUUUUGUAGUUUGAGGCUGUGUUCAUUACAAAUCCCAUGCCUUUCCGAUUUGUAGAUUUUUUUAUUUAUUAUAUUUACUAAACAUGAUUAUGGGGGCAGCCAUCUUGUCAGAUCUGUUCUUAAUAGCAUUUGUAGAAAAGCUUUACAGCAGCCACCAUGGGCCAUAGACACAAUGGAGAGGAGGGGACAACAUUGAUUUAUAUGGGGAGCAUCCUCUAGGCAUGCUGUAUGCAGAGGACGGGGAGUAGAUGAGCUUUGAUAGCAACUAUUGCACAUGGUGGAUCCUGUGUUAUCUAUAUAUACAGUAGAUGAUAUCAGUCAUUGUAAUCCUGCCAGGAUUUGUUAUGAGAUGACUGCAGAAAAAAUGAUCUAUACAGACCAAGAAUUGGCACCUAUUAUUAGGCCUAGUGGACAGUGUGAAAACUGCAGGAGUUUAGAUUAUUUUUUUUUUUUUAAUAUAGACAGUCACAUGGAAAAAAAACCACCAACUAUUCUUUAAAAAUAUGAAAUAUAAAAACGUAAUUUUAAUAACAUGACACAUUCCCUUGAAAUCUUUUGCCUUAUGCCAUUACAUAAACCAACAGCAAGACUAGAAUAAUGAGUAGGGUAAAGCAAUAUGUACUAGGGAUAGUAAGGAGGUGGUCUAUAUGAUUUGGCCGCCUGUUUGUAUAUAGAUUAUGUAAAAUAGAUUCAGUGGCAGAGAUUUAUUUUUGGAAGGAUUUAUGACAAAGAGAACUUUAUUCUGUAUCUCUGAAGUUUUUUAUUUCUACUGAGUAAUACUGAUCACUGAAGACGUCUGGAGUUGUAGUGAGACUUCAGUAAAAUAUUUAACUAGUUGAAUAACUACGGUAAUGUGUUGCAUGAGAAGUCUUGCUGGAUGAAGACGAUUUACAAUAAUGAUGAAAAGAACAUUUCGGUGAAUGGAAUUACAUUACAUUCCUGGUCAUCGAAUGGCGUUCAUGUGUUUAUGGCACAGUUUCAUGUAGUUUCGUAUGUAGCGAUUUACAGUAUGUAACAAAAGCAAAUGUUAUGAUCUUGCUGAGAUAUCAUGUCCUUUUACACGUUAUAUAGUAUUUGUAUGAAAUUCACCUUGUCACGCCGCCUUUUGUGCCUGUUAUAGCAGACGUCACCUGGGAGCUGAGGCUUCCACCCAGUUGGCUGUUUUUCUGACUUUGAGUCUGAUAGAGCUGUUAGCUUUCUACUAGAGUAAUUUCAUUUUCAGACUGAUGUAUGCCAACAUCUUGUUUUCAUUGCAUGUUUCUACCUAUUGGAUCCUGGGGCAAGACUUUCCAUUCCAUUGAUUCCUUUUGAUCCUCAGAUGGUGGAAUGGCUAAGUGACUCAUUUCAUAGGGAAUUUCAUCAGCAGGUCGAUUUUAGGUGUACUAUUCUGUGCUCAUAAACUUCUUAAAGGGGUUUUCCGGGACUUUAAUAUUGAUGACCUGUCUUUAGACUAGGUAAUCAGUAUUGGAUCGGUGAGGGUCUGGUUCCCAGAACCCCACCAAUUCACUGGAAGCCAAGCACAGCUUCAUACACCAUGUAAUGGCUGUGUCUGUGCAGCGAGCUGUAUUUUGCUGAUCACUCUUCUGUCUUGUCGCACUAAUGCUUUCUGGAAGCAGUAUUCUUGAUUUGACGAUCUCUCUGGAGUGUUAAUCUGACAGGAGAAUAAUAUCUGGUUCUAAGGAGUAGGAGCUUUUACAUGUACUUCCUCUCUCUUCUCUGUGUGAACUGGAUGUCCACCGUCUGGUAGGAAGUAGGACCAGCCCACUGCUACCAAGUGGGGAAGAACAGGGUGGUUGGCCCUCGUUCCUGCCAACCAUACAUUUCCUGAUGGAACACGUGGCCAAAACAAUAAAUACUUAACAUUACACAUUGCACAACUAUAAACAUUUGCAGAUACCCCCAGGUGAGGGGUACUGAAUCUGUUGCUGGGCUCCUCCUGUUUAAGGAAAUGUGAGAAAGCUGUAGUAACCAGGCAUAUCCACCAUAUAGUGUACGGAGCUGUACCUAGUUCUGGGACACCACUGUUCCUGCACACAGCUGUUUGGUGGGGGUGCCAGGGAUCGGACUUCCACUAAUCUAAUAUUGAUUACCUAACCUAAGGAUAGGUCAUUAGUAUUAAAGUCCUGCAAAGCCCAUUUAAUAUAGCUUUAUAGUUUUUCCCUGAUAACAGACAAAUUCCGUGCAUAAGGUAGAGUAUAAGGUUAAAUCAUGGCUGUCCAUAGCUGCCACUAGGUGGAGCCUACUGCAUAACUGUUUCAUUAUUGAGUUCUUUGUGUAAACUGUAAGCUCCUUCUAGUGGUAGCCGCAGGUAACUGCAAUGGUAUAAUUUAGAUUUAUGUGUACAGGGUAUUUGGAGCUCAGUAUCAGAAUAGAAAUUGAUCUCCAAAUACCGUAAUUAGAGAUGAGAGAAUUUCAUAUUCUAUAACGGAAUGCGUUUGAGGCAUUCCGUUAUUCAUUUCGUCAAAAUAGAAGUCUAUGGGCUGCAAAACGUAUCCGUCCCGUUUCCUAUAUGUAGAA